AUGGGAGCCGGAUGUGGGGGGCACCCUCUGCUGCUGCUGGUGGCCCUGGCCCUGGCGGCCAGGCUGGGCCGGCCUCAGAGGUGGGGCGGCUUCCAGGAGAAGUCCACGAGCGCGAAGAACAUGAACUCCACGCUGGCCUUCUACACGGACGCCUACAACAACAAGAGCAACGACUCCUACCUGUUCCGCGUGGACAAGCUGCUCCGAAGUCAGGUGCAGCUGACCACAGGAGUGGAGUACCUGGUCACCGUGAGGAUCAGCCGGACCAAGUGCAAGAGGAAUGACACAGGCACCCGCCCCUGCCCCGUCCAGAGCAAGAAUAAGCUGAGGAAGAGCUUCAUUUGCGACUUUCUGGUGUACACUUUGCCCUGGCUGAACCAUUACCAGCUUUGGAACAACUCCUGUCUGGAGGCCUAA